UUAGUCAAGUUUAGGCAUUUGAAGUUUUGACAAACGCGCGUGUGUUGUGUUGUACUUGGUUGCGAUGAUACCACAUAUUUCUGUUAUUUCGGGUUAAUAUUAAAACACAUACGAUAAGUGUUAUCACAACGUUUAUUUAUAAAAAUAAAUGUUUUACCAAAUGUUGUAAUAUUGGAUAUCACGUUAACCUCAGUACUACGCCCCAAGUGUAUCCGAUGAAAGUUUUAAAAAGUUGGACAAGUUUUCAAGUGUCUGUAUUUUGUAAUGAUGAGCAAAGUUUAUUUGUGAAAGUUUUUAAAUGCCGAUUACAUUUCACAGAUAGCAUGACGUAGAGCUAAGAGCUACAUCACUGCCUGUCGAACGUCUAUCAAUCGAUCUCGUUAUUCAUGGUUAUUGAUGCGGUGACAAGAAAGAUGGACGCGGCGGACAAGCGGAUGUUGGAUCGCGAGGCGCUCCGCAACAUGAUCCAGCAAUGGAACGCCAACCGCCUCGACCUCUUCGAACUCAGCGAGCCCAACGAGAACUUGGAGUUCCAUGGCGUUAUGCGAUUCUACUUUCAAGAUUCAGGCCAGAAGAUUGCCACAAAGUGCAUCCGCGUCGCAUCCGAUGCUACAGUCAUCGAUGUCAUUGGGACGUUGAUAGAGAAGUUCCGUCCGGACAUGCGCAUGCUGUCUCUGGGCUCCUACACUCUGUGGGAAACGCACGCGCCGGGCGACGAGCGGCAGCUGGAGCCCCACGAGAAGCCUCUACUGGUGCAGCUCAACUGGCACGCCGACGACCGCGAGGGUCGCUUCCUGCUCAAGUGCUGCUCCCAGCCGGACAUGCCACUGUCCUCUAUAAACGAGAAGGGAGACCAAAACUUCAAGCGGAAAUUGUCAAAACGGGAGAAGAAGGAAUUAAAGAAAAAAGAGAAACUCUCCAGGUUGAAGUCGGACACGAAUGACGAGAACCGUCCGGUCGCCGAGAAGUUAUACUCAGAACUGCCCGAGACGUCGUUCACUCGUAGCAUCAGCAACCCCGAGGCGGUGAUGAGGCGUCGGAGGCAGCAGAAGCUCGAGAGGAAGCUGCAGCAGUUCCGCUCCAAGGACGGCGGACCCGACACCGGCGGCACGCUGAAGAUCUACGGGUCGUCCCUGUGCCCGGACGUGCCGUACAAGACGCUGCUGCUGUCGGUCGGGGACUCCGCGGCCGCCGUGCUCCGCGAGAUGCUCGACAAGUACGGCCUGUCGCGGCACGAGCCCGCGCACUACUGCCUCGUGCAGGUGGACACGACUGACAAUUCAGAGUACAUCCUGGAGGACGACGAGUGUCCUCUGGCCAUCGUCAUGACGCAUCCACAUCGCAGCUCCAUAAUGUUCCACGUCCGGCGUCGGCCGGCGGAGGGUCAGCCGCGGCGGCGCAAGAAGAAGCCGAGCGGCGGCGCGGGCGCACGUCCCGGAACAGAACCCAUGCUCAUUGAGGUCACUCCGGACGGCACCGCCCUCGAGAACGGACGCCGGCUGCGAGUCGCCGAUGUCGUCGAGGUAGGAUCGGUGAACGGCACGGCGCUGCAGCUGUACGGGCCUUCCAUUCAGCCGCGGCACUGCGUGUUGGCUCCGGCCGAGGGCGGACACUCCGUCACUCCGCUGCACGCUGACGCACAAGUCUACGUCAACGGACGGCGGGUCACGCACACUACUAGACUACAGCACGGCUGCCUCCUCAAAUUUGGGCGAGUGUCCACCUUCCGUUUCGUCGAUCCGGCGCAAGAAAACCUCAUCAACCGAAACCUUUCACAGUCGCAACAUUACGGCUCGGGCUCCAUCUACGACAGGUCAACCGCGGACAGCGGAGCCAUGUCUCCCUCGUCGCUGGCCUCGCACCCCCGGGACCUCCUCGACGACAACGACGAGGACCACCCUGACGACGCCGCGUUCGACGACGACGACAACGACAAUAACAACACGCUCAAACCGGAAGAGUCGCCCCGCUCGACCGAUUCCAAGCACGAGUUCGGCCGCGACGAGCGCGAGCACUCGAGUCGCACGUCGCAUCGCCUCAGCUACAAGGACAACUACGAGACCACUUUCGACCUGGACGGCAACGUCGAGACCAAGAGCAUCUGUAGCGCCAAGAGCGGGGGCUCCGGACACGAAAAUAGAAGCGGCGGCGGCGCUUGGCGACCGGGACAGGAGGCGAUCCUGCCGGCCGUCCUGGAGUUUCCCGAGGCGGGGCAGGCCCAGUUCCUGGCCACCGUCAUCGCGAGGCUGGACCCCCACGCCCCGGCCUUCAAGCUGGCCCCGGUCUACACGCUCUACCUGUGUGCCAGAUACCGCGCGUCCACCCACUACAGGCCGGAGCUGACGCCCACGGAACGAGCGCACAAGCUCACCGCGUUCUUGCACCACGUCGCUACCCUCAUACACACCACCGUGCAGGAGCGCCGCGCAGACUCCGCGGCGCAGGCCUUCUGGAUGGCCAACGCCAGCGAGCUGCUGCAUUUCCUGAAGUGCGACCGACACAUCUGUUCCUUCUCCACGCAGGCGCAGGAGUCGCUCCCCGCCACGGUGCAGAACGCGUUCAGCAACCUGGUGUCGUGCUUCGCGGAGGAACUUCGCGGCGCGGUGUGGGCGCUGGCCCGCGGCGGAGGAGACGACACGGAGGCCACGGCGCCCGUGCUGCAGGCGCUGGCCGCCGCCAUGGUGCUGCUGCGGCGUUGUCGGGUGAACGCCGCGCUCACCAUUCAGCUGUUCUCGCACCUCUUCCACUUCAUCAACGCCAUUGCCUUCAACAAGCUAGUCUCGGAGCCGAACGACAUCACGCCUCGAUGGGGCGCCUCGUUGUCCGCUCGCCUGGCGCUGCUCGCGGCCUGGGCCGAGAGACAGGGGCUGGAGCUGGCGGCCGACUGCCACUUGGCGAGGACUCAUAGAGCGGCUCGUCUGAUCCAGGGCGAGUACCGCACGGCGGAGGAAGUGAGAGCCGCCCUGGCGGCCUGUUUCAAGCUCAACUCGGUCCAAGUGCGGGCUCUGCUCUCGCCGCUCCUUCCUCCCGAACUCGUGGAGGCCGCCGUGGCGCACGCGCGGGCCCUCGCGGACGAGCUGUACCGGGCCGACGGAAGAGAGAUCGAGCUGGAGGAGAGCGAGUGGCUGGGCACGGCGCUGUUGAUCCCCGGCGACGGCUUCAGCGCGGAAGUGGUGCGCGGCGUGCCGCCCGGCCUGGCCGAGUUCGUGGCGCCGCUGCAGAGGGGCGGGCUGUGUCGUCUGGCGCCUCAGCCGCACGCCGUCGGGCUCUGGACCGUCUACAUGCAUGCGCACGCCGCGCCGCCCAGGCGCCCGCCCGAUCCCACGCCGCAGCUCAUCCAGCUGCACAAGAACGCCAACGGCAUGGGGCUCAGCAUCGUCGCCGCUAAGGGCGCCGGACAGAGCAAACUGGGCAUCUACGUCAAGUCCGUGGUCGCCGGAGGAGCCGCGGCUGCCGACGGCCGGUUGGCGGCCGGAGACCAGCUGCUGUCGGUGGACGGUCACUCGCUCGUCGGCAUCUCGCAGGAAAACGCGGCCGAGUACUUAGUGAGGACGGGCCCGAUAGUGACCCUGGAGGUGGCCAAGCAGGGCGCCGUGCUGCACGGCCUCGCGACUCUUCUGCACCAGCCGGCCUACGCGCAGCAACGUCCGGGUGGCGCCGGUGGCGGUGUUGCGGGGGGUCGACGUGCAUCGGAGCGCGACCUGCCCUCGCGUCUGGCGGCCGAACCCGUCAAACCCAGCAAGAGCACGCCAGCGCUGCAUCAGCCUCCCGGCCCGCCGCCGCCGCAGAGUCCGCUGAGCCCGCAGACUCCGCUGAGUCCCGGCGUCAGGGCGACGGCGAGCAAGUCCCGUAGCAGCCACAACCUGUCCUCGCCGCCCGUCGACUCCUUCUACCAAAACCUCGCCUCCGUCCACGACAGAAGAGACAGUAGGUGGUCUUCCCUCCGGUCGUCCGGCGGAGGCCGGCCUCAGUCGGCUCACUUCGACGAGCAUCACGCGGAUCUCGACCGACAUCAGGUGAACCAGGCGAACGCGCGAGCGGCGAAGUUGGCCGAAAUGUCCGAAGAGGUGACGAGAAGACAGCAAUUACAAUAUCAGCAUAUGCAGCAACACUUGCAGCAACAGCAGCAGCAGCAGCAUUCGCAACAACAGAUGUUCCACAAGCCGGCGACGCCGCAGAUGUACGCGCCGGCGGCGUACGACGCCUCUUCGCAGCUGACGAGCCAGCCCGGCCCUCAACCCGUGUCGCACAACAUUCCGAGCCCUGGCCUGCAGAGUUUGCAAGGCUCGAUGCACGGCUUGCACAACAUUCAGGGCUCACAAGCCUUCAAUUCCCAAAACCAGCAGCCGACCCCGCAGCUUUACGCCCCGUACGGGCAGCCGCAGCGGUACGAGUGGGUCCAGGCGGGGCCGCCGUCGCCUCAGCGGUCGCAGCCCCCGGUGGCUCCCAAGCCGCCGGGUCCCCGGAGGCCGGAAAUCGAUCCCGGCGACCUCGGUCAGCUCUCGCCCGGCACUCCCGCCCGCGUCCGUCCAGACGAAGAGCAGUACGCGGCGAGCGCCCAGGAGUCGGCGUCGGCUUACGCGACGCACAACCCGUGGCAGCGGGAGGAGCGCGAGCGCCAGGCCGAGGCCAGGCGGGCAGCCGCCCGCGCCCGCCGGGACCACACCGUCGCGCAGCUCCUGGCGCUGGGCGCGGCGCGCACCCCGGCGCAGAGCCAGCAGCUACGAGCUCUGCAGCUCGAGAGGGACUUCGAGCGCCGCGCGACCCAACACCAGACGGACGAAGGCGGAAACGGCGAAGGCAGCCCCGAAGACGAGUCUCCCCCCUCGGAACCCCUGGUCGAGCGGGACUCGAGGCUUCACGCCCAGUACCCGCAGUUUCCCGCGCCCAAGUCCAUUCUGAAGAGCAACACGAGAGCGGAGACGGUCAACGGCUUCCAAACGCACUCGAGCUCGAGCGAAGAGAGCCGGAUGAGCGAGCUGUCCGUGAACGUGUCCAGCAUGUCGGUGUCGGCGGUGACCACGGCGUCCGGCGAGCCCGUCGCGCCCGUCGCCCCGACGCCCCCCGAGCGCGGAUCGUCCUUCGCCGUGAUGGCCACCAGGCGCCCGCUGUCGCCGCAGUACGUCGCCCCCCGUCCCCGUCCCCCGCUCCCGGGUCGCGUCGAAACCGGCCGAUUACAACGACGAUCUCUCCGCAGGUCCCCGGCGGGCGCCGGUCGAGACAAGCGCGUGUCCUUCCACGAGCGAGCCUCGGAGCCGCCUCCGGCACCUCCCGCCUCGUCGCCUCCCCCUUUGGACGUCCCCGCCGCACCGAGAGAGGACCCCGACCGGUUCCUGGAGGAGGCCGAGAGCAUGCUGGACGAGGUCGCAGGCGGAGCGGCGCACGCUUCGCCGUCGGCCGCGCAUACGCCGGGCGUCAUCGGCGCCCAGGAGGUGUACAGAGACCCUCGAACGCGUCGCCUGGCGGAGCAGCGAGCGAGGGCGGCGCCGGCGCCGGUCCCGGAGCAUCUGUCCUUCAAGGAGAAGAUGAAGAUGUUCGCUCUCGAGUCCGGCGAGGCCUCGACGCCCAAGGACAAGGUGAAGAUCUCUCGGGCCCAGCGAGACAUCGACGCGGUGCACUAGCGGCCGCGGCGUCUCGGCGACGAGGGACGCCCUUGCGAUUGACUCCCGUCGCGUGGAGACGUCCGCUCGGCUCGGAUUCAGAAAAUAAUGGCACGUUACGAAAUUCUAAGUUUUAUUUUCCAAAUUAGUUGUGCCAUCGUACUGUUCAUAAAUUGUUAUAGAUCAACGAGAGUUUUGCUCGCUGAGUCGCUUCCUCACAUUCCAAAGAACGAACUGACCUCUCCUCCUCGAGCGUUCAUCGGCGGUAUCCGACAAGUAGAGACAGAGUUGGGCGUUCAACGAAAGCAAUAAAGCAGUGCCCUUGUACAUAAGCGUAGAUAGCAGAUAGCCGUAGGAUAACGUAGAGCACGCUCUGUGCAAAGUCGUUCUCUUGGAUUCGGACGGCCGCUUACCGUUCUCGUCAACCGAUAUAAUGCUUCCGUUAUUGCUAGGCGAGUUAUUUUUAUCUCUUUCGACACCUUUGUGAUCUUCGUCGUCGAACUUUAGGUUUCAAUAUCUCCGAGGGACCGCAUUCGCCGAGUCGACGCCACGGUUCGAUAUGUUAUGGAAUAUUUUUAGUCGUCGUAUAUAUAUUGGUAAAUGAAGACCGAUGGUUUUUCUCGUCGCGUGGUCGCCGAACAGCGUUAUGUUUCGUUAACCGUACGUCAAAGCGUACCCGUCCGAAUCCAAAGGCAUAAUUAGGUCAAAAUCGAUGUAUAUAAUAUUUUCCAUGAGUCCACGACCAAUAUUUUGUAAAUGUUCACUACAAGUCUAUAAUAUUUAUAUUAUAUAGAGCUUAGAGCUAUUUUAGCAAAUUUAUUUAGUCGUAAAGGGCUUCGCGGGCCCCGUAUUUCACCCAACGAUAGUCAAUUAGAAAUAUUGUAAGGUUUAUUUGAACGUUCUGACACGUCGUCAGCUGACUCGGUUCGGACUGUUCUUUAAGAAUUAGAAAUUUAACAACACAAACUAAUUAUAUUGUUAUAGAUUAUGAGUAUUGUACUACGUUUACUUAAAUUUUAAUAAAUUACCGAUACGAA